AUGUGUCGAUACCCUUCGCCAUCUCAUCUUCUGACUACGGCAGGUUGUGCUGGGGCGGCUGCCGCAAGUGCAGAAACCCUCAGCGGCACAAAUAUAAUAACCUUAUCGGAAAUUACAUGCGCUCAUCGUGUUGUUCGAGAUAUCAGUAAACGUCGACUCUUCGCGUGA